AUGCUUAGUCGUGAUCCUAAGUUGAAAGACCUUCUUGAGGAGUCUAAAGCAACUAGUGGAGAGUUGAUGGAGGAAGGAGUAGGAAACGUAAUAGGUGAAUUUGCUUCUCAUUCAAGUAGUGGAGUAAGUAAUUUCCUUAAUUCUGCUAGUGAAUGUUAUGAGCAAUUUGGUAAUGCUGAAGACACAGUACAAGUUGAUGAAAAAGAGGAAAACAUUGGGAGUUCUAUUGAAAAGUCUGCUCGGACUUAUCCUUUUCUCCCUUAUGUUCCUCCUCGUCUGAUUAAAACUUGGUUCAGAGGUUAUUUUAUUAGUGCUAAAAGAGGCACGUGA